AAAAAUAGUUUAGAGGGCUAUAUCUGUCAUUAGCUUACGCUUUUCCUGAUACACUUUCCUACCCCGCCGGAAUAUCUGAAUCCAUCGACGGCAGUUGUCUUUAUUCUUCUACCGGAAUUAUCCAUCCGGGAACCCCAGGAAGCUUGAUUUUGGUGGAACAUUAGUGAAAGACAUGGACCAUGUACUAAGCUUAUGUGGUUCGUCCCCAACUAUGCUUGGAUCGUUUUCCACAACGAGGCGGGGUGUGCCAACCCAUAAAGGAUGUAACUGGCCUUACCGGGCCAAUGAUGAAGUUAGUUCCCUCUUCUUUGACAAAUGUCGAGAGCUGCAGUGCAGACGUGAACGAUACUGUACACAAACGUCAAGGACCUCCGUUCUUGCUACUCAUGAUAGUCGUUACAGGAAGAAACGGUUAACCCAUCACCAUCCUCAAAAUACAGAUCUUCCUCCAAUAUUAUCAAAGACUAAAAAGAAACCGUUUCCAAUUCCUCUAAAGAAGAUUCUGCAGACUUCAAGAGCAGAUAAAAAGCUUGCAGAAAUGGGCAUAGAGAAGCCACUUGAGCCUCCCAAGAACGGGAUACUUGUUCCAGAUCUAGUUCCUGUUGCUAAUGAAGUUCUUGAUGCUUGGAAAUUCUUGAUUAGAGGACUUUCACACCUUCUCCAUGUCAUUCCUGUUCAUGCUUGCAGUGAGUGCUCGGAAGUUCAUGUGGGUCAAACGGGCCACGACAUUCAGAGCUGCCAUGGUCCAAAAAGUGCAUCCCGGAGAAGUGCCCACUUAUGGGUAAAAGGGUCAAUUAGUGAUGUUCUUCUCCCUAUCGAGUCAUACCAUCAAUAUGAUCCUUUUGGUACUCGAAUCAAACACGAAACACGCUUUGACUAUGAUAGAAUCCCUGCUAUUGUAGAACUUUGCAUCCAAGCUGGUGUGGAGUUACCACAAUAUCCUUCACGGAGAAGGACCCAACCUAUCCGAAUGCUAGGAAAGAAAAUUCUUGACCGUGGUGGAAUCAUUGAGCCACCCAAACCACAGCUUACUGGUGAGAUUUUGGAACUUGACACACACCGGUCAAUUGAGCGGUUCCCACCUCCAGAAGACUUAGACGUGGUUGCAACGGCACAAGCAACACUAAAUGCAUAUGAGAAAGUUAGAUGGGGAGUGACCAAACUUAUGAAGAAGUACACAGUGAAGGCGUGUGGGUACUGCUCAGAGGUCCACGUGGGGCCAUGGGGCCACAAUGCCAAGCUUUGUGGGGAGUUUAAGCACCAAUGGAGAGACGGGAAGCAUGGGUGGCAAGAUGCAACAGUUGAUGAGGUUUUCCCUCCAAACUACGUGUGGCAUGUUCGUGAUCCAAAUGGGCUACCAUUGAAGAGUUCACUCAAGAGGUUCUAUGGAAAGGCUCCUGUUGUGGUUGAAAUUUGCAUGCAGGCUGGGGCACCGAUUCCUCGUAAGUAUAUGCCAAUGAUGAGGCUCGAUAUUGUGGUCCCGGAUAACGAAGAGGCUCGGUUGGUUGCCUAGAAUCCUAGAUUAUGAAAAGUGACAUGAGUGUCUGUUGUCGAAAGCUAGCUGCUUAAGUUCGUUGAAGUGCUUGUAUAUAUUACCGAUAAUCCGACAUAUCAAGUCAAAAGUUUUGUUGUAGUGAGAUCCUGUAUUAUUGAAAUACCUAAAUUUAUAGAAGUUAACCAAUCAAAAAGUUCAAACA